UGCUGCGCCCGCCGAUAGCGCCAACUGCACGCGGUAUGCGCUGUGUCUCGGAGCACAGCACGGGUGCCAUACAAAAAGGGAGAGAGAAAGAGAGGAGCUGUGCCUCGGCCUGUUGUAUUACGAUUGCGAUUCGCGUGCAACAUGUAAUCGCGACGGCAAGGUAAUCAGAGGAAACACUCGGCACAUCCGGUGGGAUAAAUUACCUGCUUCCAGGGGUGGGGUCCGAGGGAUCGCUGUCACUCGCAUUUAAUCAACAACACAGUUGACAGGUGAUGUCGAUCGCGUGAGAGGAUCACGAUCGAGCAAACGCCGCGGCCAUGGCCCGACCCAUCGUGCCGAGCCAGCAGAAGCUGGCCGAGAAGCUGAUCAUCCUGAACGACAGGGGUACAGGUAUGCUGACACGAAUCUACAAUAUCAAAAAGGCAUGCGGCGACGCCAAAUCGAAGCCCGCCUUCCUCUCCGACAAGGCGCUGGAGGGCUCCAUCAAGACGAUCGUCAGGAAGUUUCCCAACAUCGACAUAAAGGGUCUGCAGACCAUCAUGAAUAUACGUAAUGAAAUUAUUAAGUCUCUGUCAUUGUACUACUACACGUUUGUCGACCUGUUGGAUUUCAAGGACAACGUGUGCGAGCUUCUGACUACUAUGGAUGCGUGCGGCGUCCACAUGGAUAUCACAAUCAAUUUCGACUUGACCAAAGGAUACUUGGAUCUCGUGAUCACGUAUGUCAGCCUGAUGAUUCUCUUGUCACGAGUCGAGGAUCGCAAGGCGGUGCUGGGACUCUUCAACGCGGCUCACGAGAUGGUGCACAGUCAAUCAGAUCCUAGCUUCCCUCGUUUAGGUCAGAUGAUCAUGGAUUACGAUGCUCCAUUGAAAAAACUUUCCGAAGAAUUUGUGCCACACUCCAAAUUGCUGAAGAACGCCCUGACUUCAUUGUGGCCUGUGUAUCCUGGUAGAAACUUGUCCGCCGACACGUGGAGGGCCGAUCAAAAGCUGAGUCUCGUUGGCAGUCCUGGCCAGAUACUAAAAGCAGCGGCGACGGAUACAAUGUCCUGCGAAACGUUGAGUCUGGAUAGAAUCGAAAGAUGGGUGAUACUUGGAUUUACACUCUGCCACACGUUCUUGAGUCAAGAGCAGCCAAGCAAACUGUGGAUCACUGCUCUUGAAUCUGGUUGGGUAUUGGCGUUGUUUAGAGACGAGGUAAUCUACAUACACCAGUAUAUUCAAACCUUCUUUGAGAGUAUGAAAGGCUAUGGCAAGAGAGUGUCGGAGGUAAAGGAAUGUUACAAUCAGGCAGUACAAAAGGCUGGUUACAGGCACAGGGAGAGAAGAAAAUUCUUGAGGACUGCACUGAAAGAAUUAGGUUUAAUUUUGACAGAUCAGCCUGGUCUUCUCGGACCGAAGGCGCUACUAGUGUUGAUGGGCCUUUCCCAUGCGAGAGACGAGGUACUAUGGCUGCUGAGGCAUGGAGACAAUCCGCCUACUCAAGGUAAAAGCAAGGGACGAGGUGGCGAGGAUCUGGUGGACCGUCAGCUGCCGGAAUUGCUCUUCCAUUGCGAGGAAUUGCGAGCACUAGUAAAGAAAUAUUCUCAAGUGCUUCAAAGGUAUUACGUCCAGUUUCUUGCGGGAUUUGACGCCCCUGCUCUACACCAGAUGAUACAGAAUCUCCCAGUCUGCCCAGAGGACGAGGGAGCUAUUCUUAGUGAUAUGUGUUCAACUAUAGCUAGUCUGACCGUGAAGCAGGUCGAGGAUAAUGAAUUGUUUGAUUUCCGUGCCUUCCGACUGGAUUGGUAUAGGCUGCAGGCCUACAUGUCUAUCGCGAAAUGCAAUAUGAAUCUGGCUGAUAAUAGAGAAUUAGCCUCCUUCAUGGACACAGUAAUCUUCCACGCGAAAAUGGUGGACAAUUUGGAUGAGAUGUUGGUCGAAACGUCUGACUUGUCCAUUUUCUGCUUCUAUAGCAAGAUAUUCGAGGAUCAGUUUCACAUGUGUCUCGAGUUUCCUGCUCAGAAUCGAUACAUCGUCGCCUUCCCGCUCAUAUGCAGCCACUUCCAGAGUUGCACUCACGAGCUCUGUCCGGAGGAGCGUCAUCACAUUCGCGAAAGAAGCCUGUCCGUCGUCAACAUGUUUCUGGAUGAGAUGGCUAAAGAAGCUAAGAACAUUAUCACGACUAUUUGCGACGAGCAAUGUAACAUGGGCGACAAACUAUUACCGAAACAUUGCGCUCUGUUAAUUUCACAAGUUGUUAAUCGGAAGAAAAAAGAUAAGAAUAAGAAGAAUAUGUACGAGAUUCAUAAGCCUGGUAUAGAGAGCUACCGGAAGACCCGGGAGGAGUUAACAACGAUGGACAAGUUGCACAUGGCUCUCACUGAGCUAUGCUAUGCUAUUAAUUAUUGUCCCACUAUUAAUGUCUGGGAGUACACGUUCGCGCCGAGAGAGUAUCUGCAUCAACAUCUAGAGUCGCGAUUCGCUAGGGCGCUAGUAGGAAUGGUCAUGUACAAUCCGGAUACCAGUGAGAUAGCUAAACCGUCAGAGCUCUUUGUCAGCGUCAGAUCUUACAUGAACGUCCUUCAGACCAUCGAAAAUUACGUGCAUAUAGAUAUCACACGCGUCUUUAAUAACGCCUUAUUGCAACAAACGCAGGAACUGGAUAGUCACGGUGAUAAGACUAUAGCCGCACUGUACACGCAAUGGUAUUCGGACGUUCUGCUGAGGCGAGUUAGCGCCGGUAAUAUUUGUUAUUCGGCGAAUCAGCGGGCAUUCGUUAGCUUGUCGGUCGAAGGUGCCAUACCUUUCAAUGCCGAAGAAUUCUCCGAUAUUAACGAGCUAAGGUCAUUGGCGGAAUUAAUAGGACCGUAUGGUAUGAAGAUGUUGAACGAAAAUCUGAUGUGGCACAUCGCCAGCCAGGUGCAACAGUUGAAAAAACUGGUGGCUGGCAACAAGGACGUGUUGAUCGCUCUGAGAACGAAUUUCGACAAGCCGGAGGUGAUGAAGGAGCAGUUCAAGAAGUUGCAACAUGUGGACAACGUUCUUCAACGAGUUACUAUAAUAGGCGUAAUUCUCAGCUUCCGACAAUUGUCACAGUCGGCACUGGUCGACGUGCUAGAGGAACGUAUACCGUUUUUGCUGAGCUCUAUAUUGGACUUCAGACAUCAUUUGCCAUCCGGCGAUCCUAUGCGAGUCGUUUCCGAAAUGACGUCGGCUGCAGGUUUGACCUGCAAGGUCGAUCCCACUUUGACAACCGCACUACGAAAUCAAAAAGCUGAGGUCGACGAGGACGAGCACCUGCUCGUUUGCCUGCUGAUGGUCUUCGUGGCGGUCUCCAUUCCGAAAUUGGCUCGGAACGAUAACUCCUUUUACAGAGCGUCGCUCGAGGGCCACUCCAACAACAUACAUUGCAUGGCAACGGCAAUAAACAAUAUAUUCGGAGCGUUAUUCACGAUUUGCGGACAGAACGAUAUAGAAGAUAGGAUGAAGGAAUUUCUCGCUCUGGCCUCGUCAAGCUUGUUAAGAUUAGGCCAAGAAGUGGACAAGGAGACAACUCGAAACAGAGAAUCCGUGUAUCUUCUGCUCGAUCAGAUAGUUCAAGAAUCGCCAUUCCUGACGAUGGACUUACUGGAAAGUUGUUUCCCGUACGCACUGAUACGCAAUGCAUAUCACGAUGUGUAUAAGCUCGAGCAUUCGCAGCCGUAAAUUUAAGGACAAAAUUGCGAGUGAGAACAGGGUGCUGCAUUUAUAACUUGCCACUCAGGGCCACUUUUUUACGUCUACUUGUAACAUCGGGGG